GAGUAAAAAUCAUUCAGCUAGGCUUGUCGUGAUAACCUGUGGCGUGGCCUACCUGUACGGCCGCCGCUGGAGUGCCGUUGUCAACUUAGCUGAAAAUGUCACAAGAGGAGGAGAGUCUGAUCUGACCACUGAUCAUUCAACGCCUUUCGCUUCCAACAUUUUUUUUCGUACAGGUUCUUCAUUUCUAUGCUUACAACUCUGUAUAACCAUUCGCUUGAGCUUUGGCCUUAUGGUGUUUGAAUUUCGUACUAUCAAAUUUAUAUACAGCGGUAUGCCUUGAUUUGCCUUGAGCCACCUUAAAGAACGUUGCGUGGGCUUUCCAUUCUAUCAUCUCGGGGUUGUUAUUUUUCUUCAACUAUUCAGUCUACCUGCGGCGACCUGGUCGACCUUCGUUCCACCUGCUUGCGCAUACCAACCUGAUCCUCACGCUGAAAUAUAAGAAUAGAUCUUUGUCUUUCAUUCUUGCACAUACUACCGCGAUGCUUGAACAGUAGGAUUUUCUAGAAGUCCUACUAAUGAUUCACCCGGCAAUAUGAAGCCUAGCCUAUAUAUACCAUAUCUACUCCUUUCAACUUCGGUGUCUGGCCGUCAUAUACUAUGGCAGAGGCAAGGGACGCCGGCGGCGGUGACACCAUUGACCACAUUGGUGGCAUCAACGUCAAGCGCCGAAGCAAGCGCGACGUUGUCAAAAGUCGGAACAACGGCUGAGGAAGCAGUACCGGCAACAUUGGUGGAAGCAUCUCCGGCGAAUAUAUUGAGCACGGCUUCAGCAAACUCUUCAGAGCCAACUAUUUCGCCCAGUGUCUUCAGUCUUGUUCCCGGCUCCUCACCUACGUUGACAACAACGGCUCAAACACCGAAUCAAACCACAGUCGGGGACCCAUUACCGCUACCGAUCCCUCCAAAGCUUACACCCGCGGUUGGAUUGGCGGGUGCGGUCUUGAUGAUUACAGGUCUGGCUUAUGGCAUCGUUGGAAUCAGGAACAAAUGGAUGUACACCUUUUUCGGAGUGGCAUAUUUGGUGGCGCUGGCCGUUUUUGUCCUAAUCCUCUAUUGCAUGAAUCCCCCAGCUAGCAACGGGUUACAGGGUGCGUACUUCGUCGCCAUUUUUGUGACGGGCUGCCUGUGCGGCGGAAUCGCCUUAGUCUUUCAGGACCUAGCGGAUGGAUUUGGUUGUUUGCUAGGCGGGUUCACUAUUUCCAUGUGGUUUCUGACGUUGAAACCUGGGGGGAUUAUCACCUCUACUGUCGGCAGAGCGGUUUUCAUUGGGACGUUGACAAUCUCAGUGGGUCUAACUGGACUUAGCCAUCGUACUCGACGAUAUGGACUCAUUGCUUGUAUACCAUUCUCUGGAGCAACCGCGACAAUUCUUGGGAUUGAUUGCUUUAGCCGAGCGGGAAUGAAAGAGUUUUGGAUUUAUCUUUGGAACCUGAACAGCGAUGAAUUUCCAUUGAAUACCACUACAUAUCCACUCACACGAGGAAUGAAGGUUGAGAUCGCCGGGCUUAUUGUCUUAUUCCUUCUCGGAAUUCUGUCGCAAGUUAAACUCUCCAAGGUUCUGAAGGAACGCAAAAAGCUAUUAUCAGAGAAGAGGUCGAGGAAAGCGAAUUCCGGGGCGCAAAGUUCAAUCUCCGCAGGAGGUCGCGUUACGAGCAUGCUACAUACUGGCCAAGGGCGCUGUAGGUCCAUAUACGGAGAUAAGAGUGCGUCCACAUUGACGGUGGUGCAGUCUUCUGAAACAAUUGACAAUAAGAGCUUCACGGUUCUAGAAAGACAAAUCUCAGGUGCCCUGGAUGUUGAGAUGGCUGACAUUAGGCUCACAAAUCAACAAGUGACUAUAGUUGAGACCGAGAGCCAAAGAGGGCGAUCGCCGUACCAGGAAGGUCAGGACAAGAGAGAAAGUGGAAUGAAUCGCUCGAUACAUUCAAGAACCAGCCUUGCGCCAAGCGAGCGAGUGGACCUAGAUGCAACACUCAGCCGACAUUCACAACUUGAUAUUAUUAGCAAGAGGCUUUCACCUCCAGCUCCUGAGGUUAUACCUCUACCAUUCAAGGUCCCGAGUCUUGAGAUUAACGGUACAAAAUCCCAAGGCUCCCUGUCUGCAAUCGAAGAGGACUUUCUCGACCAGCGAAGGAGUAUUUACAGAACAUCGGGCAAUUCGUGGAGGCGGUCUUCGAAUCGUACAAGCGUCGUGGAUCCUACCGGUUCUCGAGAAGAAUUGAUGAUACCUGAGAAUGACGACAACGCAUCGUCUGUGGCUGCAACAUUCGAUGAACUAGACGGUGAUCAAAUGUCGCUAACUGCCACAUUGCCUCGAUCACCAAUCGAUGGAAAUUUCUCCGCGCCCCUACAGUCGAACCGUGCGUCCAUAGCGGCAUCACUCGGAGAUGAUCAGUUGCUGCCUCAUUCGGCCGCUUCCUUGGUCGAAGAACGCUAUGAAUAUCCAAAGUCCGGGCUGGUUACAGAGGAGAAGCGGGAUUCAGGAGUUCCAGAAGCUUCCGUGCCUUUACCAAGGAGUGAGUCUUCAGAGGUCGACCCCAGCCCUCUGUUGUCACCUACAAAGAGGUCUCGAGGUGAAUGUGGCCUAGUUGUAGACGAGAAUUCAAAUGCGCUAGCCCCUCUUGGCUCUGCUACAAGCAAGCGAUCAUCUGCGCAAAGCGAUGUACCGAAAUCUUUCACAUCCGAUUUCAAUGGAGAAAAGUUGGCGAGGCUCAAGAUUACUGUCCCUCGAGGGCCAACUCAGCCGCUUACACACGAGAUUUUGUCCGAGCAGGCGACUGAUGGGAUGUCCAAGAUUGCACUGCAAUACAGGACGAAUGAGUGGGCAAAACACUUGGAGAAUGCCCAAGAACCUGAAGAAGACACCUUAACAUUGCCUCCUUCGCCUGGAGUCCAAGUUAACACAGUCCUUCGGGAUGUUCUCGAGCAUACGCCUUUGUCGCCAGUAGUUGAUCCCUUACAUAUCACCGUGCCAAAGCCAGUAGCGAAGCGAUCCAGCACCGAUCCUCUUGCACAUCAACGCAAGAAGUCAAGAAGCGAAGCUCUUGCCAAGUUGACAUCGGCUGCACCGCAAGAUGCAUCAGCAGCGAAGAGACAGAGCAGUACAAGGAAUGCUUCCAGCCCUCUACCGCCAAGCAGACCGGACUCAACAACAAUAGCCUGGCCGGGGCCUGGCCAAAGUAUUUCCCGAACCACAUCGUCGCGCAUGAUAGAAAAACCGCUCGCUGAACCCUCAAUUGACGAACGCAUGGUUGACCCAAGGAAAGGAAUGCAAAAGCGUACUAGCUCAUCCAAGAAGCCAACUGCUGACAACACGCUCCUGGCCCAGCGUGAGACUAGAUUGGAAUCAAAGCCAAAAUCACAAUCAUUUGCGCAAUCAGCACCGAAUCUAGCAAUCACACCCGCUACACCAGCCCCUUCGAUUCACAGCAAAGCAAGCCCUCUGGAAACGAUUGCUGAGCCAAACCCCAGGCAGCGCGAUUCCCAAUUGCAAAAAUCCCCAUCCAAUCGGCAAGGUCCCUACACGCCUCGACCCGUCAUCUCUCACGAACUCCAGAAAUUCGAUUCACAUCAGCCAAAUCGACGCGACAGUGCCGUUUUGGCAGCGCACCAGCAAAGACGCGAAAACAUGUUGACGAACUGGAGGGAAUCACUGCGUGCGGAUCAAAAUCCUCAGAAGCAACCCACGAAGCAUAAGCCAAACGCCGACGAUACUCUGCGUUUGCGACUGCUAAACGAGCAGCGGCUGCAUCAAGCUGCCCGGGAGCAAGAAAGACUUGCGAAAGUAAAGAAGGAGGAGCAGAUCAGCAGUAAAAUGAUGAAUGGUGGCGGUAACAUGCUAGAUGCUCAUCGCAGGGCAAUGCUAAAGAUGCAGAACAGCGUCAGGCAUUAGCGCUAGCCCCAAGUUCCGCGCCCUCGUCCCUAAGCUGUAACUCACGCUUGGAUGGACUACGCAUUUUAUUUUCCCUAUGCCGACUCUCUGGCUAUUGUCUUGCUAUACCCUGUACCUGCGUCGCUUCGGGAGUAAAACCUGGGUUAACCGAUCAUGUGGCUGUUGACUUUCUUUUUCUUGUCUUUAAAUGAACACGGGACGUUCAAUCUUAGAAACAAUACCAUGAACGACAUGGAGGGAGGGAGGACAAAGGACGACAUAAAUCUCGGAUACUUCUCAGGCUCUUUCCAGCUCUCAUAUUAUAUAUCUGUAUAUGUACAAUUUAAACGCGUCAUGCAUAAGUGUUUAUCAACUGUGUCAGUCUCGAAUCCAUGCG